UAUAACCCCAAUGAAUUAUUUUAUUACGAAACGAAAUAAUACGAUAAAAUCAUCGACUGAAUUUUACAGCGUCCUUUUAUCUGCUUCAUCGUAGCCUGAUCUGAUACUGUCACACGUCACACUGCUCAAUUAUACCAAAUCUGGUCACACUGUACUUAGUACAACCAUCAUCGGUAUUUGAGAUUUUCAGUUAUUCAGAAUGGACAAAAUCGAAAAAAUUAAUUUGUUGCGGAAUACAAUUAAAAGUUAUCCAGAUUUUCCUAUACCCGGUGUUGUAUUUCGAGAUAUAUUCAACGUAUUCCAUAACAUAAGAGCAUUGCGUGCAAUGAAAGAUUUGAUAGUAGAGCAUACUUUAUUUCUUGAAGUUGAUUUGGUUGUAGGUCUUGAUUCAAGAGGUUUCCUCCUUGGACCUAUGAUCUGUAUAGAAUUGGGGAAACCUUUUGUACCUAUUAGGAAAAAAGGAAAACUUCCAGGAAAGGUUACACAAAAAGAUUUUACUCUUGAAUAUGGACAGGAGACAUUUGAAAUACAAACUGAUUGCAUAAAAAAAGGCUCACGAGUGCUUAUCGUAGAUGAUUUACUAGCGACAGGAGGUUCUAUGGCUGCUGCAAUAGAAUUAAUAAAAUCAACUGGAGCUAAAGUGAUUGAAUGUUUGGUAGUAAUUGAAUUAAAUGCAUUAAAGGGAAGAGAAAAACUUAAUGUCCCUGUUCAUUCGUUCGUUCAAUAUGAUUGAUUUCUACUUUAAAGCAAUGUGUAUAGGGCAAUUGUAAAUUUAAGAACGUAAACAUCAUAAGCUGUAUAAUAUCAUCAUUGUUUAUACAGAAACAAAGUAAAUUGUAAAUUGUAAAUGUAAAUUUAAGAACGUAAACAUC